UAUAUUACCAAUCGGCACCACCUUACACCGCCGCAAUGUCUUCAAAACCCCACUUUGUUUUAACUCCUCUGAUGUGCCCCGGCCACUAUAUCCCCAUGAUAGACAUGGCCAAGUUCCUGGCUGAACAAAACACAUUCGUCACCAUCAUCCUCACUCCUCUCGUCGCUCAAAGAAUGAAACCCAUUACAGACCGAGCCAUAAACUCCGGUCUCCCCAUCCAAAUCCUCCUCCUAUCUUUCCCCACACUCGAAGCCGGUCUUCCCGACGGCUGCGAAACCAUCGACACUGUCCCUUCAAUGUCUUUAUUUAAAAACCUCUUCCAUGCCCUCGAAUUACUCCAACAACCAUACGAACAAUUAAUUCAAAACCUCAAUCCAAAACCCAAUUGCAUAAUCGUGGACAAACAUCUAGCUUUUUCAGCUCAAACUGCCGAUAAAUUCAACAUACCCAGAAUCGUUUUCGACGGUAUGAACUGUUUUACGCUUGUUUGUUUUCAUUCUUUACACAUCUCUAAGGUAUACGAAUCCGUCGGAGAAGACGACCCUUUCAUCGUACCUGGUUUACCUGAUAAAAUCCAGCUUACCCGCAGCCAAUUGCCGGGGAUUUUCAAUCCAAAUCCAGGACAGAUAAGUGAGAAGGAGCUCCGUGAAAGAAUCAGACAAGGAGAAGAGAAUGCAUACGGAGUAGUAAUCAACAGUUUCGAAGAAUUAGAACCAAAAUACGUCAAAGAAUUGAAGAAAAUCAGAGGAGAUAAUGUAUGGUGCAUCGGACCACUUUCACUUUGCAACAACAACGAUCGAGACAAAGCAGAAAGAGGCAACAUUUCUUCAAUAAACGAGAACCAAUGCCUAAAUUGGCUCGACAAACAAAAACCAUCAUCGGUCAUCUACGCCUGUCUAGGAAGCCUCAACCGCCUCACGCCGCCGCAGCUAAUCGAGUUAGGUUUAGGAUUAGAUUCCUCUACUCGCCCUUUCAUCUGGGUCAUCAGAGGAGCAAACAAACCAGAAGAAGUUGAAAAUUGGAUUAAGGAAAACAAAUUCGAAGAGAGAGUAAAAGAUAAAGCCAUUGUCGUACGAGGUUGGGCGCCGCAAGUUCUGAUUCUAUCCCAUCCCGCCGUCGGCGCUUUCUUAACUCAUUGUGGCUGGAAUUCUAGUAUAGAAGGAAUAUCAUCUGGGUUACCCAUGAUCUGUUGGCCGCUUUUCGGUGAGCAAUUUUUGAACGAGAAUUUGAUUGUGGAUGUGUUGGGAAUUGGGUAUAGGGUUGGAACUAAAGGGGUAACUCAUAUUGGAGAUGAAGAAAAGUAUGGAGUCACAGUAAGUAGGGAGAGAGUUGCUGAUGAGAUCAGGAAGGUAAUGAGUGAGGAUGAAGAAGGGAAAGAGAUGAGGAAAAGGGUAAGAGAAUUGGGGAAGAUGGCGAAGAUGGCGAUUGGAAAGGGAGGUUCUUCUUACCUUAAUCUGAUCACGUUAGUUAACAAAUUAAGAAAUUGUUAGUUUGAAUCAUGUUUAAUGUCAUCACUAGUUCUUUUCUUACCUAAAAAAAUGUUUCUAAUAUAAUAAAGGGAUGUUUUAUAUUAA